GUUUCCCGGAGAAAGGAUCAUGGCUCAGGCUGCGGUGAAUCUGACUGAAGAUCUGCAAAAUGAAGCCACUUGUCCCAUCUGCCUGGACUCUUUUAAAGACCCAGUGAUCACAGAGUGCAGCCACAAUUUCUGUGCGGCGUGCCUCAGUGAGUACUGCAAGGGAUCACCGAGAAACCUCCCCUGUCCUCAGUGCAGGAAGACAAUCCAGCCCAGGAACUUCAGGCCUAACAGGCAGCUGGCAAACAUGGUAGACAUAGCUCUGCGGCUCGGGGUCGAAGCAGCAAAGAAAGCGCAAGAGAUUGUGUGCGAGGAGCACAAGGAAUCUCUGAAACUCUUCUGCGAACAAGACCAGAGACCGAUCUGUCUGGUGUGCAGGGAGUCCCAGGCGCACAGGGGUCACACUGUGGCUCCAAUAGAGGAGGCAGCGCAGCCCUACAAGGAAAAACUUCAGAGCAAUUUGUGUUUCUUACAAAAAGAGAGAGAAGAAUUUGAACCGUAUGGAGAAGAGAAAAGCGACGAACUGCUGAGACAGACAGAAUCGGAGAGACGGAAGAUUCUGUUGGAAUUUGAGCAGUUGCAUGAGUUUCUGAGUGAACAACAGUGCCUUCUUCUGGCGCAGCUGGAAGUGCUAGAUGAGGAGAUUUUAAAGAGGCGGAAUGAAUAUGUCACCAAAGUGUCAGAGAAAACGUUACUACUCAACGAACUGAUCAGCGAGAUACAAAGGAAAUGUUCCCAGCCGGCGACAGAAUUCCUUAAGGACGUUGGCAGCACCUUAAGCAGGUGCGAGUGUGUGAAGGUCCCAACUCCAGAGCCCGUUUCUCCCGUGCUGAAGAAGAGAGUCAGCGACUUCUCUGAAAAUAAUCACCUUGUAAUGGGGGUGCUGGCCAUGUUCAAAGAGAAUCUGCGAGCUCAGCUGGAUAAAGAAAAAGUCAACAUGACUCUGGAUCCGGAAACAGCAAAUCCCCACCUCAUCCUGUCAGAGGAUGGGAAAAGCGUGAGACUCGGAGCGGGGCGGCUGGAUGUGCCUGCCAAUCCCAAGAGGUUCAUGUCGAGCCCCUGUGUCCUGGGCUCUGAGGGAUUCACAACAGGGAGACACUAUUGGGAGCUGGAGGUCGGAGAUGGGGAUGGCUGGGCUGUGGGGGCUGCCAGAGAGUCUGUGGAGAGAAACAGGCCAUCAACGCUUCAGACGGAAGGGAUUUGGGCUGUACGUCUGGGCUGGGAUCGUCAAUACUCAGCUCUCACUUUCCCCCCGACCCCUCUCUCACUUGACGAGAAGCCCAGGAAGAUUCGAGUUCACUUGGACUACGAAGAGGGGCAAGUGACCUUUUACAACGCAGAGAACAUGGCCCAAAUCUUCAAUUUCUCUGCCUCUUUCAAUGAGAAAAUCUUCCCUUACUUUUGGCUCUGGUCCCCAGAAUCAUGCAUCCAGAUGUGCCCCUGAUGGUAUCAAGUUUCUUACAGUGGCUCUCACAUGAGAACUCCUGCACACUUGGCUGCAGCUGGAGAAAGAGAGGAUUCAUUAAAAUAACGCUAACUAAUCAAACAGUCGGAAAUGAUCUGCUUGUAUUUCUCAUUGCAGUAAGUUCAUCUGCACUCGUUACCCAUAGCCUUGGGCUGGAUCAU